AUGGACGAGCAGGAGGCCAUCGGUUUCCUCUCCUCGCUUCUAAACAAGUACCUUCGGGUCACCACCACUGACACGCGCAUGUUUUACGGCGUGUUCAAGUGCACAGAUCCGGACCGCAACUUGAUCCUCGCUCAUGCUCAUGAGUACCGCCACCCGACACCAGAGCAGGUUGCCGCACACGCCAAGAAGGUCGCGGCGGCAAAGGACGCGGGUGAAGCCGACGCCGACGCCGACAAGAUGACGCUGGGGAUGACCUCGCGAUAUCUCGGUCUCAUCGUCGUGCCGGGGGAGCACAUCGUCAAGAUUGAGGUGGAAGAGUUUGCAAGCCAGCUGAGGGCUGCUGCCAGGAAAGGUCAAUCCCUCUGGUAUGAAGGAGACAUGGCUGGUUUGUUAUAG